CAAAGUUAGGAUAUUGGAGAGGAUACUAAUUGAUCUCCAUGUCCGCGCCAAAAGAAGAAUAAUGGCAACUUUUCUGUAGAUGCUUAACAAUUCUCAACUCACACAGCCAAGAUAUCGGAAAGGACACCAUUUAAUCCACAAUGCAUACGAAUGAGUGCUGGGCUUGCAAAGACUCUCGGGUAGUCUGCAAUCGCGCACGCCCACGUUGUUCAAGGUGCGCUAAGUCUAGAAGACCAUGUCAGUACGGGCUGCGGCUGUCGUGGCCAAAGGCCACCAACACGAAGCGAAGCUUGACCCAUUCCCUUCAGGAUGUAGUUGGGACUGCAAAAGGUUUCUCCUAUACGAGCUUCGUGAAUGCUACAUCAUGGGAUGUUCAGCUCCAUGAUUACUUGCGGAUGAAUCAAGGACUUGGUACUCGCAAAGGAUUUGCCUUUCGAAAGCUCGAUCCGCCUAUGGGACUAUCAUGGCUCCCAAUCAACCUAGGCUACGAGGACAGAGAACUUCUUGAUCACUUUAUAUGCAUGGCGCCAUCCACACUAGCCAUUUUCGACCCCGAUAAGAACGAGUUCCUGGGUCUCCUGGUUCGCCUAGCUCUCUCAGAUAGUUCACCGUCGUCUACGGCGGUGUUACAAUCGGCGCUGGCGCUUUCGUCCUUCCACCGGCAUGGUCUGCAAGCAGAUGUCUUUCGGUUCAAAGCCCGCGCUCUGCGUGCAUUGGUCGUAUCUUGCAACAGCCCUACGGUGGUUCAGCAUAUUGCUGCUAGUAUGAUAUUGUGUCACCUUGAGAUGCUCGGAAUGCCAGAUGCAGUCUCCCUGUGGUUCUGUCAUUUGAGUGAAGCUAGACGUUUAAUCGACAACGCAGGCCUUGACAACCAGAGCUUCCAAGGCGAACUUUCCAGACUUCUAGACUGGGUAGAGUAUCAUAUGGUCAUGAGCCGGUUCAGCCACCGACACUGGUAUAUACAUGUGGAGCCUAUUAGAGCAAUCAGUGAUUUAGCACCUGUAAAACAGGGAACUUGCCACUCACGAAAGGUCGAAAGUGCAUCGCACUGCUCCCAUGAAAUUCUUCGACAUUUCUAUAUCAUGUUCGAGAUGAUUCGGAAACCAACCGACUCACUAUACCACAGCGACGAAUACGAAAAUUCCUUGCGUUGCCUCGAAAACAGGAUAACCAACAUAGUUCCGUUGACACCAGAAGGUAUAUCUAAUACUAUAUCCAGUUUGAGCCCAGCCUGGACGGCUACAACAGAGCUUUUCAAAAUAGCUGCUCUAAUCUACCUCAAAAGAGCCUCGCGGAACUUUUCAGGAACCUCCCCUGAAAUCGAUGCAAUGGCUGAGAGGGGCUAUAUACUUCUCGACGACCUGGAGACCUUCAAUUCAGCGUUCCCACUGCUGAUUAUCGGAUGCGAGGCGCGGACAGAUGAGCAGCGAAUGAGAAGUCUAGGACAUGUUGAAAGAGCAAUGAAAAGCUCAAGUUUGAGGAGCUUGCAGGGACUGCAGAAUAUUCUCCAGCAGAUUUGGGUCCAGGAUGAUCUUGCUGUUGAUUAUGAGUUAGACUAUUUGAGUCGGUUGGAUGCUGUAAUAUCUUCUUACCGGAUUAUGCCGAGUUUCGUGUAGUAUAUGGACUUCUCGGAUUUCGAAUAUGACAGACGGAUCUCCAUUCCAUCUUCCACGAGAUAUUGAUUUUUCCUGCCUCUUAAGUCAUCAGUACACCAGAACAGUGAACUAAAGCAACCGAAAUAAAACUUUUCCCUACGAACGACAUGCUCGCAGCAAUAUAUACAAAGAAUUUUCCUCCUCCCCAUCAUCCACAACAUCUCAAAUCGCCGCAAACACAGCCAAACUACUCCUCGCCGUCCCACUCUGAUCCACCAUCAAAUUAUCUGAACAACUACUCCCCAAUCCCGCAUUCUGAAUCCACGCUGGUUCCCAAUAAAACAAUCCGGCACCGCCCGACACCCCCGCAACAACAGCCGCCACGUCCUUCACCCACGUCGUCUGCCCCGCGGCGCUGAACGGG